AUGCAUGCGAUACAUACAAAUAUGGCCAUAAAUAAUUCAUCAGAACCCUUGAUACUGGAUCCAAAUUUGUAUUUAGAUUCAAAUUUCAUCAAAGAAAAUAGCGAAUGGGAAAAAGCCUACAAGGCAAUUGACUGGGACAAUAAUGUGCAAUCAAUAGAUACUUUUCUACAUGAAACAGAAAAGUUGGUGAUUAAAUAUUCAGCACCUAACGAAAAGAUAAAAAGGGGUAUUUGUACAUGUUUUAAUUUGGUUUUAACCAGAUACCCUUUGUUUUUUGGCUACUGGAAAAAAUUUACGGCUAUUAGUUACAGAUUAUACGGUUUAGAUUACUCUAUCCAUGUGCUAGAAAGAAGCGUUAAUGCAUUUCCACACUCUUUAGAAUUAUGGUGUGACUAUUUAAAUGUAUUGGUGGCAAACAAAUCACAAGAAUACGAUUUCAUUAGAAGCAAAUUUGAACUGGCAUCUUGGCUGGUGGGAUACCAUUUUAUGGCACAUCCCUUCUGGGAUAAAUAUAUUGAAUUUGAGACAAAAUUGUCUGCCGAAACUGGGGAGUAUAGUUUAAUUCAGGACAUUUAUAAGAAUGUUUGUAAAAUCCCAUUAUAUCAUCAUGCUAAGUACAGUACGAAUUAUAGGAAAUUAAUAAGAAACUUACAUAAAGAUUCACCGGAAUUAUUGAAGAUGGAGGAAGAAUCACUGCACAAAUCACAUCUACCCGUUCAAAAUAUUCUUGGUAAGUUGUGGGAGUUUGAAUCUAAGAUUAAGCAAUCAUUUUUCAAUUUAAACCCGCUACCACAAAAUGAGUUAACUAAUUGGGAUAAUUAUUUGAAAUUUUUAUUAGUUCCGUCCUCUUUAUUGAAUUCAUCCAAUAUACCUGAACAUUUUAUAGAAACAGUUUUUGAACGAUGUUUAAUACCAUGCAACAAAUAUGAGCAUUUUUGGAUAAAAUAUUUGGUUUACAAAUAUAAACGAAAGGACGCUAAUUCUAUUAAAUAUUUAAGUAUAUUAAAAAGAGGAUUAUCAGUAUUGCCUGAUGAUAGAAACGACACUUUGAUAGCAACUGCCUUAACUUGUUUGCAUAAUUCAAUUUUCACGGAGGGAGAAAAUCCAUCCAUUAAAAAUCAGUUUUUCCAAUCAUACUUGCAAGUUUUGAUAGAUUUGUACAAAAUCAAACCGAAAAAUCAUCAAUAUGUUUUGGAAUAUUUAAAAAUUUAUAAAUUAUGGAAUGGCAUAAAAUAUUCAUCCCAUCACAUUGAUAAAAAUAGACAAUAUAACUUAAACAAUUAUAAGAAAUACGUUAAAAAUUUGGAGACUUUACUGCAAAAAUAUUUUUCCAAGAGUGAUUAUCAUAGGACAUUAGAUAUUGACGUUCGCUUUUUUAGAUAUAUGCUUAAUGAUAAUAGUAUUGAUACUGUGAUUGUUGAGUUAAUUAAGGUGCGUUGGUUUGUUUUUAAAGAAACAUUGGCAAUAAAAAAAAUAUUUGCAACUUACUGGAAUAGACCACAAUUGAAAAAUUCGGUUAAAUUCUGGUUGUUAUAUUAUAAAUUCCAAAAAAAGGUAAAAGACUUUGAUAAGUUAGCAUCAUUUUUUACCAGAUUAGGUGAGUAUAUAUUUUUACCAACAUUAGUGAUUAACGAUAUGUUGGAAGAUUACAAGACUUUUGUUUUAUUGAAUGGCAAUUUAAAAGAUAUAACAAAAAAAUCUGAAGAUUUUUGGCUCACUUUAGAUUGUAAGCGUAAUGACCCUAUGUGGUCUAAAAACAAAAUUAAACGAAAUUGGACAACAAAACGAUAUAAAUCAGCAGGACACGCUGGGAUACUGGUGGAAAGACCAGAAUCACAAAACUCUGUUAUCCAUAGAAAAGUUUUGAAAAAAAACAGUGCUCAAGAGCUUCCAACUCUUAAAGUCCCUCAUCAUAUGAACAAUGCAAUAAAACCUAUAAAUUAUUUUACUACCGAUUAUUUACAACAGUAUGGAGGAAAUACUAAGAUGAAUAAGAUUCUGAAAGGAAAUGCGGUGGGUAAAAAUAAAUAA